GGGCAAAUUGCAAACAGCAAGCAAAAGAUGCACACUUUUGUGUGUAUAUAUAUACCCACACAAUCAUUUCAAGAACCAGCACCAACCAACACUACAGAAAAAAAAAACGCAUCAAACAAAAAAAAACCAUCUCAAAUCUCAGAUCAAACCACCACUAAGAAUCAAUAUUUUGCAGAGUAUCUAUCAACCAUCAAUGGCGGAUUCAUGGAAGAAGAAAACCAGCAGAGCCGCAAUAAAGCAUAAAGCAUGGAGUCUUGUGAGGAUGGCUCUUCUAUGGGCAAGAAAAGGUGGAGUUUUCAAAAGAUGGCCAUUGCUCGAGCUACGUAACUUGUUCUCCAAGCAUCUCAAAGCCCUAGCUCAUCAUAACAACAGUGGCCGUUAUCUUUCUCGUUACGGAGAACGUGAGCUUUCCUUUGAUGAAACGCCGUUGUUUAACGCCAAGAAAAAGAAGAUACAUCGUCCUACGUCUAUGAGGUUCCUCCUUCCCUGCAUUGCCUCUCCUAUAGAAUUUGAUUAUGAGUUUGGUAUGGACGGUCAAGAUUACUCCGAUGAGGUUAUAUCGUACGGUUACGAUGAGCCUAGUGUGGAAGAGUGUGAUCGUACGGAUAAGGAUGAUGAGGAAGAAGAAGAAGAGAAAGGGGUUGAUGUGAGAGCUGAGGAGUUCAUUGCUAAGUUCUAUGAGCAGAUCAAGCUGCAGAGGCAAAUCUCUUAUAGAAAAUACAGAGAAUAAGCAUAAGGAUUUAAGGAUCUUUUUUUUUCAAUUUUGAAGGAUGAUGCUUAUUAUUUAUUUAUAUGAUUGCAACUAUUUUGUUUGUAGAUAAUUAAAAUUAUAAGAAUUUUCAAAGUUGUUUCACUAUC